AUCUCUUCCGCGGCACCAGCCAAAAUUAGGGUUUGUGUUGGUCGGAGGUAACAGCAAUGGCGCCGACGCAGAGAACGCGUAAGGUUAGCAGAAACCCUGAAUUGAUAAGGGGCAUUGGGAAGUACUCGAGAUCGCAGAUGUACCACAAGAGGGGGAUUUGGGCAAUCAAGGCUAAAAACGGCGGCGUUUUCCCUCGCCAUGACCCUACUCCCAAACCUCAAUCUCCCGCUCUAAAACCUCCCAAAUUUUACCCUGCCGAUGAUGUCAAGAAGCCCCUUCCCAACAAGCACAAACCCAGACUCACUAAGCUCAGGGAUAGCGUUACCCCUGGGACAGUGUUGAUUCUUCUUGCCGGUAGAUUUAAGGGAAAGAGGGUAGUGUUUUUGAAGCAGCUUCCUUCCGGGUUGCUUCUUGUCACCGGUCCUUUCAAGAUCAACGGAGUUCCAUUGAGACGAGUGAACCAGUCAUAUGUUAUUGCCACAUCAACCAAAAUAGAUGUUUCUGCUGUUAACGUGGACAAAUUUGAUGACAAAUACUUUUCAAAGGAGUCCAGCAAAAAGAAGAAGAAGGGAGAGGGCGAGUUUUUCGAGGCUGAGAAGGAGGAAAAGAGUGUGUUGCCCCAGCAGAAGAAAGAUGACCAGAAAACUUUGGACUCUGUAUUGAUAAAAGCCAUAGAGAGUGUCCCGGACUUGAAUGCUUAUCUGGGUGCCAGGUUUUCCUUAAAAGCUGGUGUGAAACCUCAUGAACUAGUCUUUUAGAGGAAAGGGGUGUGGUAUUCUUGUAUUUCAUAGCCUUUUCUCUAUUGAUGCUGGUUCUACUAGAGAGCUUAAAAUUUUGUUAGGCAACCAAUUGUGAGGCCAAUAUUUCUUGCUACAGUUUUGCCCCUUUCUAGAGAUUGUGUUGAUUGUAUGAAUUUUAUAUAUUAUAUAUUAUACAGUGAUGCUUUCGUCUUAACGUGUUAAAUGAAGAAUAUUGGAAACA